AUGGGUGUGCCUGAUGGCAUGUGGUAUCCUGGCAUGCCAUGCAGCAUGGAGUCAUGGAUCACAUGCGACCCUUUUGGCGCCGUCAACGGCAUUCUCCCCCACGAUCAGGGCUUAACCAGAUCCUUCUGCUCCAAUAUAAGCCUCCUCACGUCUCUGACAAAGAUUGACUUGGCCAACAACUCGCUAUCAGGCUCUCUUCCAACCAGCCUUGGCAACCUUACUAGACUGGACACCCUAGUCCUUGGUUACAAUAAUCUCUCCGGUAUCAUUCCUCCCACCCUUGGGAAUCUCAUGAAGCUCACUACACUUGUGCUGGACGGGAGCAGGCUCAUCUGCCCCACAGGAGCCGGGCAAUCCUGCACGGUCAAGCAGACCAGCUCCACCCAAUUCUGCCAGACAUGCAGCGAGUUUUGCUCCACUUGCACUCCUGUUCCUGAUGCCCCCUCCACAGCACCUGCUCCGUCUUCUCCAUCUCCUCCCUCACCUCCUCCUCCUCCGCCUCCUGCCUCUUCUGGUUUGCCUGUGGGAGCUAUCGUUGGGAUUGCGCUGGGAGGUGCCCUAGCUGCUGCUCUGCUUGCCGGCGGCAUUUUCUUUUUCUGCAGACGAAAUUCCACUGCAGGUGCGAGCUAUUGUUGGUCCCUCACCUCUUCUUCCCUCACCUCUUCCUCCCCCACCUCUUCCUUCCUCCCUCACCUCUUCCUCCCGCACUUCCUUCUCCUCCUCCUCCCUCCUCUGCUCUGUCUGUGGGAGCUAUCGUUGGGAUUGUUGCUGGGAGGUGUCCUAGCUGCUGCACUCCUCGCUAUUGCCGUGGAGGAGAUGGCAUCAAAGAGCCAUCCGCACUUGGUGCGGCUGCUGGGGUACUGUGUGGACAUUGACAGGGCAACAGACCACCAUGAGCAAAUCGUCAUUUACGAGUUCUGCCCCAAUGGGGACCUCGAGAAGUACCUCAGUGAAGUGCCUCACAGGUCUGUGUUAACGGAGACCUCUACAAGUACCUUUGUGAAGGUGAGAGCAGUUUCUUGA